AUGCAUAGAAUGGAUGGACUAAGAACAUCUGAAGAAUUAGAAUUGACGAACGCAGUAGACAAAUUAGCAGAAAAGACACCACCUAAGGAUGGAAUGUCAAAAGUGCUCACGGACAAAAAAGCUGAUGACGCAGUACCAGAACAGAAUAAAAAUAUAUCGACGAACAGAGUUCAAUUGCGAUACACAAUCAACAUAAAUCCUUGGGCUAAGGAAUUUACCCCUAUUAGUCAGAGUAAUUCCACUUUGGACGACGAUAGCAAUCGAUUGAUUAGGAGUGAUUACGAACGACAAACAUUCAAGCUAAAUCCGAUAGCUGAGGAUUUUUCAUGUACAAUUCAACCCAUCAAUUUGAACAAAAAUCUUUUAUCUAAAAAGAUCUACAAUCCCAAAAUUAACGAGUUGCCGUUGUACGAGUCUGUUGCUUGUCAGAGUAACUCUAAUUUUGAUGACGAUAGUAAUCAAUUGAUAAAGAGUGAUAACGAACGACCAGGAUUUAAGUUAAAUCCGAUGGCUGGGGAGUACAUCCCGCUUUGUCAGAUCAAUUCUACAUUAGAAGAAGAUAUCAAUGAAUUAAGAAGUAUUAACGAACGUCCAACAAUUAACCUAAAUCCGAUGAUCAAGGAGUUCAUCCCAAUUCGUAAGAUCAACUCUACAUUAGCAGAAGAAAUCAAUGAAUUAAGAAGUAUUAAUGAACGUCCAACAUUUAAGCUAAAUCCGAUGGCUGGGGAGUAUAUCCCGCUUUGUCAGCGUAAUUCUACUUUUGAUGACGAUAGUAAUCUAUUGACAAGGAGUGAUAACGAACGACUAACAUUUAAGCUAAAUCCGAUGAUCGAGGAGUUCAUACCAAUUCGUAAGAUCAUCUCUACAUUAGAAGAAGAAAUCAAUGAAUUAAUAAGGAGUGAUAACGAACGACUAACAAUUAACCUAAAUCCGAUGGCUGGGGAGUACAUUCCGCUUUGUCAGAUCAAUUCUACAGUAGAAGAAGAUAUUAAUGAAUCAAUAAGACGUAUUAACGAACGAACUGAACAUAAGCUCAACCCAAUGACUGAGGACUUUACCCCACUUUGUCAGAGUAACUCUACAUUUGAUGUCGAUAGUAAUCUAUUGAUAAAGAGUAAUAACGAACGACCAGCAUUUAAGCUAAAUCCGAAGGCUGAGGAGUACAUCCCGCUUUGUCAGAUCAAUUCUACAUUAGAAGAAGAUAUCAAUGAAGUAAGAAGUAUUAACGAACGUCCAACAAUUAACCUAAAUCCGAUGGCUGGGGAGUAUAUCCCGCUUUGUCAGCGUAACUCUACUUUUAAUGACGAUAGUAAUCUAUUGACAAGGAGUGAUAACGAACGACAAACAUUUAAGCUAAAUCCGAUGAUCAAGGAGUUCAUACCAAUUCGUAAGAUCAUCUCUACAUUAGAAGAAGAAAUCAAUGAAUUAAUAAGGAGUGAUAACGAACGACCAGCAUUUAAGCUAAAUCCGAUGGCUGGGGAGUACAUUCCGCUUUAUCAGAUCAAUUCUACAUUAGAAGAAGAUAUUAAUGAAUUAAGAAGUAUUAACGAACGUCCAACAUUUAAGCUAAAUCCGAUGGCUGGGGAGUACAUCCCGCUUUAUCAGAUCAAUUCUACAUUAGAAGAAGAUAUCAAUGAAUUAAGAAGUAUUAACGAACGUCCAACAAUUAACCUAAAUCCGAUGGCUGGGGAGUAUAUCCCGCUUUGUCAGCGUAACUCUACUUUUAAUGACGAUAGUAAUCUAUUGACAAGGAAUGAUAACGAACGACUAACAUUUAAACUAAAUCCGAUGACCAAGGAGUUCAUCCCAAUUCGUCAGAUCACCUCUACAUUAGAAGAAGAUAUCAAUGAAUUAGUAAGGAUUGGUAACGAACGUCCAACAUUUAAGCUAAAUCCGAUGGCUGGGGAGUACAUCCCGCUUUGUCAGAUCAAUUCUACAUUAGAAGAAGAUAUCAAUGAAUUAAGAAGUAUUAACGAACGUCCAACAAUUAACCUAAAUCCGAUGGCUAGGGAGUAUAUCCCGCUUUGUCAGAGUAACUCUACAUUUGAUGACGAUAGUAAUCUAUUGAUAAGGACUGAUAAUGAACGACCAGCAUUUAAGCUAAAUCCGAUGGCUGGGGAGUUCAUCCCGCUUUGUCAGAUCAACUCUACAGUAGAAGAAGAUAUCAAUGAAUUAGUAAGGAUUGAUAACGAACGACUAACAAUUAACCUAAAUCCGAUGGCUGAGGAGUACAUCCCGCUUUGUCAGAUCAAUUCUACAUUAGAAGAAGAUAUCAAUGAAGUAAGAAGUAUUAACGAACGUCCAACAUUUAAGCUAAAUCCGAUGGCUGGGGAGUAUAUCCCGCUUUGUCAGCGUAACUCUACUUUUAAUGACGAUAGUAAUCUAUUGACAAGGAGUGAUAACGAACGACUAACAUUUAAGCUAAAUCCGAUGACCAAGGAGUUCAUCCUACUUUGUCAGAGUAACUCUAAUUUUGAUGACGAUAGUAAUCAAUUGAUAAAGAGUGAUAACGAACGACCAGGUUUUAAGUUAAAUCCGAUGGCUGGGGAGUACAUCCCGCUUUGUCAGAUCAAUUCUACAUUAGAAGAAGAUAUCAAUGAAUUAAGAAGUAUUAACGAACGUCCAACAAUUAACCUAAAUCCGAUGGCUAGGGAGUAUAUCCCGCUUUGUCAGAGUAACUCUACAUUUGAUGACGAUAGUAAUCUAUUGAUAAGGACUGAUAAUGAACGACCAGCAUUUAAGCUAAAUCCGAUGGCUGGGGAGUUCAUCCCGCUUUGUCAGAUCAACUCUACAGUAGAAGAAGAUAUCAAUGAAUUAGUAAGGAUUGAUAACGAACGACUAACAAUUAACCUAAAUCCGAUGGCUGAGGAGUACAUCCCGCUUUGUCAGAUCAAUUCUACAUUAGAAGAAGAUAUCAAUGAAGUAAGAAGUAUUAACGAACGUCCAACAUUUAAGCUAAAUCCGAUGGCUGGGGAGUAUAUCCCGCUUUGUCAGCGUAACUCUACUUUUAAUGACGAUAGUAAUCUAUUGACAAGGAGUGAUAACGAACGACUAACAUUUAAGCUAAAUCCGAUGACCAAGGAGUUCAUCCUACUUUGUCAGAGUAACUCUAAUUUUGAUGACGAUAGUAAUCAAUUGAUAAAGAGUGAUAACGAACGACCAGGUUUUAAGUUAAAUCCGAUGGCUGGGGAGUACAUCCCGCUUUGUCAGAUCAAUUCUACAUUAGAAGAAGAUAUCAAUGAAUUAAGAAGUAUUAACGAACGUCCAACAAUUAACCUAAAUCCGAUGAUCAAGGAGUUCAUCCCAAUUCGUAAGAUCAACUCUACAUUAGCAGAAGAAAUCAAUGAAUUAAGAAGUAUUAAUGAACGUCCAACAUUUAAGCUAAAUCCGAUGGCUGGGGAGUACAUCCCGCUUUGUCAGAUCAAUUCUACAUUAGAAGAAGAUAUCAAUGAAUUAAGAAGUAUUAACGAACGUCCAACAAUUAACCUAAAUCCGAUGGCUAGGGAGUAUAUCCCGCUUUGUCAGAGUAACUCUACAUUUGAUGACGAUAGUAAUCUAUUGAUAAGGACUGAUAAUGAACGACUAACAUUUAAACUAAAUCCGAUGACCAAAGAGUUCGUCCCACUUUGUCAGAGUAACUCUACAUUUGAUGACGAUAGUAAUCUAUUGAUAAGGACUGAUAAUGAACGACCAGCAUUUAAGCUAAAUCCGAUGGCUGGGGAGUUCAUCCCGCUUUGUCAGAUCAACUCUACAGUAGAAGAAGAUAUCAAUGAAUUAGUAAGGAUUGAUAACGAACGACUAACAAUUAACCUAAAUCCGAUGGCUGAGGAGUACAUCCCGCUUUGUCAGAUCAAUUCUACAUUAGAAGAAGAUAUCAAUGAAGUAAGAAGUAUUAACGAACGUCCAACAAUUAACCUAAAUCCGAUGGCUGGGGAGUAUAUCCCGCUUUGUCAGCGUAACUCUACUUUUAAUGACGAUAGUAAUCUAUUGACAAGGAGUGAUAACGAACGACUAACAUUUAAGCUAAAUCCGAUGACCAAGGAGUUCAUCCUACUUUGUCAGAGUAACUCUACAUUUGAUGACCAUAGUAAUCUAUUGAUAAGGAGUGAUAAUGAACGACCAGCAUUUAAGCUAAAUCCGAUGGCUGGGGAGUUCAUCCCGCUUUGUCAAAUCAACUCUACAGUAGAAGAAGAUAUCAAUGAAUUAAGAAGUAUUAACGAACGUCCAACAAUUAACCUAAAUCCGAUGACCAUGGAGUUCAUCCCAAUUCGUCAGAUCAACUCUACAUUAGAAGAAGAAAUCAAUGAAUUAAUAAAGAGUGAUAACGAACGAACAACAUUUAAGCUAAAUCCGAUGGCUGGGGAAUUUACCCCACUUAGUCAGCGUAACUCUACUUUUGAUGACGAUAGAAAUCAAUUGAUGAAGAGUGAUAACGAGAUCUCCAAUACGGAAAUUGUUGAACACUUCAUUCCUGGUGCAGCAUAA